CCAUCAGAGCGGCAGCCUGGAGGGCAGAGCGCAGCGGCGGCAGGCGGAGGGAUGAGAGCGGACCGAGCCGCGGAAUCUCCACCAUGCGCCCCACCGCCGACACCAGCACCACCAGCACCACCAGCACCACCAGCAGCGGCAGCAAUCGUCCAUUUCACGCGAUUAUAUGAGCCGAUGAGCGGCCGUGUGCGUGAGCCCCGCAGACCGGCAGCAGCAGCGUGCAGCCCCGGCCACGGCCACAUAGGCCAACGCCUCGACGCAGCUACAUACAGGGAAUGAAAACGCUCCCAAGAUGGUCCGCAUCGCCAAGGCCCUGGGGCUGGUGAUCCUGUGCGUCGCCGUGCUCAUACUGUCGCUCAUCAGCUACGUGUCCCUGAGAAAAGACAGCCUCUUCUCCUCCUCUAAAUACUACAUGGGAGGCCCGAGGAUUAUGUUCCACGCAGGCUUUCGGUCUCAGUUUGCCAUGAAUUUCCUGGACCCGUCCUUCAUCCCCUUAACGAACGCCCUAAACGAGGAGCUGCAAGGAAAACCGUCCAAAUGGAAGUUCAACAAGACCGCAUUUUAUCAGCAGAGGAAAGACAUCUUCAGCUACAUCGACAUUCCCAACAACUUCUCCCUCACAAAGAACAGCGUGCGCGUCGGCCAGCUGAUGCACUUCGACUACUCCAGCCACAAGUACGUCUUCUCCAUCAGCAACAACUUCAAGUCCCUGCUCCCAGAGACCUCUCCCAUCCACAACAAGCACUACAGCGUGUGUGCUGUGGUGGGGAACAGCGGCAUCCUGACGGGCAGCCACUGCGGCCCGGAAAUCGACCAAGCCGACUUCGUCUUCCGCUGCAACUUCGCCCCGACGGAGGUCUACUCCAAGGACGUGGGCAAGAAGACCAACCUGACCACCUUUAACCCCAGCAUCCUGGAGAGGUACUACAACAACCUGCUGACCAUCCAAGACAGGAAUAACUUCUUCCUCAACCUGAAGAAGCUGGAGGGAGCCAUCCUGUGGAUCCCCGCCUUCUUCCUUCAUACCUCAGCCACAGUAACCCGGACCCUGGUGGACUUCUUUGUGGAGCACAAGGGCCAACUGAAAGUGGAGCUGGCCUGGCCGGGCAACAUCAUGCAUGAUGUCAACAAAUACUGGAAGACUAAAAACCUCUCUCCCAAGCGUCUCAGCACCGGGAUCCUCAUGUACACGCUGGCCUCGGCCAUGUGCGACGAGAUCCACCUCUACGGCUUCUGGCCCUUCGGCUGGGACCCCAACACGGGCAAGGAGCUGCCUUACCACUACUACGACAAGAAAGGGACCAAAUUCACCACCAAGUGGCAGGAGACCCACCAGCUGCCCAGUGAGUUCAAGCUGCUCUACAAGCUGCACAGGGACGGCGUAAUCAAACUCAGCCUGACGCACUGCUCGUAGGCGCUCGGCGAGCGUCCGACGGUUCAAGAGGGACUCCAGAGAACACGACCCGCAGACAUCCGCUCAGUUCAAACUUCUGUUGUGACACACACGAUACGCAUGAUAAGUGUUAAGGCAAUUUCUGAUCAUUCUGCAUAUGCACACUCACGUCUCGCUGUAAUCUCACGUGAAGAUGUCAGGCUCACUCGAGUUGUAAAUCACAGCAUCGCUCUUCAUUUCGUUGUGUUCAGUGACACCGUUAGGGUACAUCGAUGCUGCUCAGUUGCUUCCAUUCCUCUCCUUUGCAUGGCUGCUGGCUGUGGCUAAACAGUUCGAACAGAACAACUUUACCUGGAGUCCGCAGGGGAUUCAGCUGUGGCGACACAAACAGUCCAAUCUUCCAGUUCUGCUUACUAUAGAUUGAUUAAUCACCUUUAGAACAGUAUUCUGAUUCUGUACACUGAAAUCACUGCCUAAUCUCAGGGAAGGAGUUAGAUCAGUGUUUUUUGUAAUCAGAUUCAAGGCCUCAGAGAGGUGCAGUUCCUGUUUUUCAGGCCUUCCCCCCCGAGGUGUCCGACAAUCUGCACUGCUCUGGAAGAUGGUGUUUGUUUACAAGACUGUGCUCUAUAUAGAUCUCUACACGCCUGUGUCUUCUCCUCUCUGUGGACAGUGCAGCUGUCCACUUCAAAUUUUGUUGAGAUUCUUCAAAUUUUUGGAAUAAUAAUCAACAUUCCAACAAUAAGCCAUAAUUCCAUGGACAGACGAUUGUCAUCACAGUACAGAACUGCGGCGAGCGGUAUCGGCCUACAUUAGGUUCUGAGAAUAUCAAACAUUUCAAAUUCCAAUAAGACUACGAGUCUGUAGCCACACUAGCAGCAACAUUCAAGUCACAGGAAUAAUUACAUCACUGAUGACCAAACGUCAGUAAAUCAAUACGUUUAGUUCACAUCGUACAAACCGACUAAGGGCGUUUUGAAAUAUCUCCAGUACUUUUUCAGAAAAUCUGAUUACUUUAAUGUAAUCACAACACAUGAUAGUCAAAAACUGGGGCAAAUGACAGCUAUUUGUAAAUCAGUUGCUACGUAUGUGAGCAAAGUCCUUUCUACAAGUAUUCAGUAACUGACUAGAACAGCUAGACCGGGACAUCAGCAGGUGGAGCCCAGGUAGAACCCAAACCCUCCCACACCACAGUUUCUACACAUGUUUGUUUUUUUUGUACAGAACUGACAAAUUAAAUAUGUUAAAUGUUAAUUAGUGAGCUUUAGAAUUUCUGAUAGUUGCAGUUUAUUACCUUUGGAAAGACAGGCAAGCAGUUUCCCCUUAGUUUCCAGUCUUUAUGCUAAGCUAAAGGCUAAAAGUAUCGAUCUUCUCCACAAACACCCAACAAAGCAGAUGGGUGUUUUUCUCUAAACUGAAAACCCAACAUCUUACGCUUUCAAUACUUUUUUUUAAAUGAUGUACAGUUUCUGAGGGUAAAUAGUUUACUGCUAAUGGCUAAUACCAGCUAUGCUUCCCCACUCAACAUCAUUUAGUGUAAUGCUGCCAUAGUAUUUUGUAAGUUAAGUUUUGUUGUUUUUUUAUUUGUAAAAUAGCAUCUUAAACUUCUAAAGUCAACAGUUGAUGACAUUUUAUCAAUUUGAUGUUUCAUUUUUUACCCCUCCAUCUAAAUGGCUGACAUUAGCAAGCUACCAUUAGCUCAAUUAGUUGUUUUGCUAGCAAGGAGCUAACAGUUACAUCGGGCAGUUUUGAAGGUGGAAAUAUUUACAACAAGUAAUAUUUCUGUAACCUCUAGCAGAAACAUAACUUAGAGACAAUUUUGCAGCUUAACCAGACAGUAACACGCAAAGAAAUUCGUUUUUAAUGUUGAAUUUAACGUUAAAUAUCAGUUUUUGUGGCUUCUGCCGGAAUCAGGUGAUGAAAUUUAUUUGUGACUCCAUGAAUGUCCCCUUUGGAUCAGUUUAUUUUAAAUAUAUUCACUUCAAUCUGACAUGAAUGUUGGACCUCUUCCUUCUCUGAGAUGUGUCUGUUAACAGUGAAAACCUUUUAGCUCGUAGCUCUGGACAGCUAAUGGUUAUGUUGGUGUGAGGACACCUGUUUGGAUCGGUGGCGUGUGAAUCUCCACUUAGCUUCCCAACUCUUCCACCAAACAGAGUUCAGAGACAGUUUUGCAGUAUGACCUGAGGCUAACACACCAACACCAUCUUGUGACCAAAAUCAUGCGGCUAGCGUGGCUCAAAACAUCAGGAAAUACCACAUUUUGGACAGAAUUUCUUCAACUAGUAACUGAUGUGGAGGUUUCAGUUUCAAAACCACGAAACAACGGAUACACUAUUUAUUAUAGAGCUUUUGUUGACGGGAGGAAAGUUAUUUAUUCAUCAUAUAUCGAUUUAAAUAUUUGUGACGUAAAACAGAGAAAUGAAUGAAUGUUAUAUGACGUACUGCAUCUUGUAUAAAGAGCAUGAUCCAUUUAAACGACGUUGCAUGUGAGGCACUAACAAAUCUUUUAGGCUAGUUUUGUACAACCUUUUUGAAGAUUGUUUUGAGGGUAAAAUUUAGUUCUUUGCUAUUGUUUGUAUUCCUGGUGGUGUGUUCCUUAAGAAUACCACCAGUGUCUUUGUAUGAGAUGUCUGAAGGCUAGAAAAGAACCCUACUGCUAUACUCCACAUGGGACCAAACCUCUACAGAUCAACUUAAAAAUGAACAAGCUUUAUUUUUUAUAACUGUAGAUAAUCUUGGGUUCGUAAACGGUCUACCCGGUCAGGCCAGACUGAAGCAGGCCGGCUGAGGACGACUGGACCCAAACACUGAAAAGCUGGCCACAUGACCGUCUCAUGACUCUGCAACAUGCGCUCCCUGUUGCAGGUUCUGGCUUCGGCUGAGGUCCGACACACAGAGCAAUGCAGUCAUUCACGCUCACCAGAUGCAGAGUGCGUUUUUGUUCUCAUUCAGAUUUAGUGCGGUUGGCAUUUGCUCGCCAUCGUUUCUCACACAAAGCGUUUUUUGUCCGGUUCAGAGUGGUUAACUUGUGCGUCUCGUCUUCAAACCACAGCGCAGUCACAACCAUGAAAACACACAUCCGGUUUCAGGCCAUGCCGUCGUAGAUGUGCAAGAACGGCUUCUGUGGUCCCGUCAUUAGGAUUGUUUUGUAGGUACACCAAAGACGAUGUGUUCAAACUAGAAGCGAUGGAUUGAUUUGGGGUUUUGGAAGAUGUAUUACAACUAACAGCAAGUAUUGUUGUCAAAGAAAUGCUUUUUUUGAUGUUGAAUUUGAUGUUGAAUAUCAGUUUCUGUGGCUCCUGCCGAAGUACCGUGGUGGAAUUUAUUCGUGACUCCAUGAAUGUCCUCCUCCAGACCACUGGCUCUGAAUGAACAUGGACGCUGGACAUGUUCCUCCUUCGAAAUGUUUCUCUGAACGAUCAGUAAAUUAAAUGUGCAGAAUGUGUGUAAAGGACAGUGAUGCUAGCAACGUCUGUGAGGAUUGUAGCUCCAGUCAGAAUAACGGCAUCGCUUCUUGUGCAUCACAGUGCGUUUCAAUGAGCAGACAGUGAGAUGCGUAACCAUGAACACACAAUGUCUUUAUUCCAAAUUCAGCACUACACAGGAUUCGCUCCAACAACCCUUUAACAUUCUCGUACCUGUGUUCGAUCUGCAUGGUGACUUUGUUCCAUAAUGCAUAGAAAAGCUUGGCUGCUUAUGUACAUGUCGUAUAAAAGUCAUAAAUCAUGUAAGGGACUGUGCUAUCUCGGUUGUUCUAACAGAAGCCAUCGUCCAUGUAAGAAACCAUGUCUUAAAUGUUUUUGAUUAUACUCCAUGAUAAAUAUACAUCAUGUGCCUGCAUAUUCCUUCCAUCAAUGCCUCAACGUGUCAAAUAAAAACGGUAUUUUGCUCUGA